CAUAAAUUGCUUGGCCUAUUUAUUAAACAAGCGUCAUCUCUGUGUUGCAACAACAAACACUAUAAUGGAUCCUUACUCGUUCCUCAGAAUUUCCAGAAACCCAGAUGGUUCUCUCUUCAGAAACCCUCAGUAUUUCCCUGAAGUACCUCCAGUGGACAAACCACUCACUGAUUCCAGCUCACCCCAACUCGCUCUCUCCAAGGAUAUCCCACUCAACCCCACCAACCACACCUACAUUCGUAUCUUUCGCCCUCUCCACCCCCCACCGGACGCCAAGCUCCCUCUAAUCAUUUACUACCAUGGAGGUGGCUUUAUCCUCUACACUCCUGCCUCUAUCAUUUUCCACCAAUCUUGCAAUCACAUGGCGUCCCAUUUCCAAGCUUUGAUCUUGUCCGUCCAUUAUCGCCUCUCUCCUGAACACCGCCUUCCGGCCGCCUACGAUGACGCUAUUGAUUCUAUCAUGUGGGUCCGGGAUCAAGCACUAGGAACCCAAGGCUGUGAUCCUUGGUUGAAAGAACAUGGAGAUUUCUCAAAGUGUUUCUUGAUGGGCAGUAGCGCUGGCGGCAAUAUAGUUUACCAUGCAGGGUUACGUGCAGUAGAUUUGGAUCUUUCGCCUAUUAAAAUCAGAGGCUUAAUAAUGAACGUGCCCUAUUUUAGUGGGGUCCUGAGGACAGAAUCAGAGAUGAGGCUGAUGAACGAUAAGAUCUUGCCGUUGCCAGCCAAUGAUCUCAUGUGGUCCCUUGCAUUACCUAAAGACACUGAUCGUGAUCACGAGUACUGCAAUCCGAUGGUCGAAGGGUCAAACGAUGAGAAGAUCGGACGGCUUCCGAUGAGUUACGUUAGAGGGUAUGGAGGGGACCCACUGAUUGACAAGCAGAAAGAGUUUGUAAGGAAGCUGGAAUCCAAAGGGGUGAAAGUGGAAUCGGCUUUUUUUGAGGAUGGUUUCCAUGCUGUGGAGCUAUUUGAUCCUUCCAAGGCUAAAUCUUCUUCUGAUGAUGUUAAGGUUUUUAUUGAUAGUGCAUGCGCAUGUUAGAGAGAUUAUUCAUCACUCUCUCCACGUCUUUCUGGGUUUCUUUCUAUUCCAAAUAAGUAUUAAGUAGUAGUAUUAUUAUGUACAACGUGUGAGAAAUUAGAGGUAUCUUUUUUGGGUGAGUAGUACAAAUAUGAAAAUUUGCUUUCUCGAAGAGGAAAAAAAAAGGGUUUUUAUAGCAUAAAUAUUAAAUAUUGGGUAACUAUCAAGUUUCUGGUGAAGUAAAUAUUUGUGUGGAUUGAGUAGCCAUAAA